GAUCCGUGAUCUUCAAGACAAAAAUCCCGCCAUCUCUUCUCCACAGUAACGAUAUUUUGGCCGGCGUGAAUGCGUGGAGUGGUGGCGGUUUUUUUUCUUUAAUCUUUUUCGUGCUACGGGGACUCGAAGCGAGCGUGCAAAAGCAGGCAAAAUUGUAAGAAGAACGAGGGAGUGUGAAGAUUGUGAGGGAGGCGGCGAGUCGGAUUGCCGAGAGCAUCGCGCUUCGCGGUGUCGUGUUUGCAAAUUUCUGUUCUGUUGAAAACCGCGAAGAGAAAAAUGUGCGACACGGAACAAGAGCCCUGCGUUCGUUAAAUGUUAUUUUCUCAUUUCCAUGUAUAGUGAACAAAAAACCAUUAUUUACGCCCUCUUUUUUUUAUUUCUCAUAAUUCGGCGUGCUCAAGAUUUUCGCGUGAGACGCUUUGGACUGUCUCCCGCUGAAACCGCGUUAUAUUAUUUCCGUUGAAAUCAGCGUGUUGAGAGAGUGAAGUAGAGGCGAGAAAGGGAUAGAGAGAGAGUUCAAAACGCCUCGUACGAAUUCAGUGUUUAACCUGUAUUGAAGCGCGCGUCACAAUGGCAAAUGCUUCUCUCGACAAAGAGACGUUUUUUCGUCGUAUGAAACGCAUUUACGCGGCGUGGAAGGAUGGCGGAGUUGAUACUGAUGAUAGUUUCAGCAAAAUGGAUUGUCUCGUCGCGGCAGUUGGUGCCGAUGACGAAGUUGUAUACAGCAAAUCUACCACGCUUCAGACUUGGUUAUUGAGCUACGAAUUAGCUGACACCUUAAUGAUCCUUGCCGAAUCGUCGAUUAAUUUUCUUGCCAGUAAGAAGAAAAUAGAGUUUCUGAGAAAAGUGGAAAAUCAAAAACCUGAAGAUACUGGUGUGCCAACUGUUAAACUUUUGGUUCGGGACAGGGCUGACGAAGAUAAAGCAAAUUUUGCUAAACUCAUUGAAGUGAUAAAAGGCAGUAAGAAAGGAAAAACACUGGGUGUUUUCUCAAAGGAAAAUUAUCCUGGAGCUUUCAUGGACGCUUGGCGAGCUGUGCUAAGAAAAGAAUCAUUUGAAACAAUUGAUGUUAGUGCCGCAAUAGCUUAUGUUAUGAGUCCAAAAGAGGAUAGCGAAAUUCUUACUGUUAAAAAAGCUUGCCUUGUUACCUCAGACGUUUUUACCAAGUAUUUAAAAGAUCAGAUAAUGGAAAUCAUCGACUCUGAUAGGAAAGUGAAACAUUCGAAGCUAGCAGAAGGCGUUGACCAAGCGAUAUCCAAUAAAAAAUACGUAACUGGUGUCGACGUAACUCAGGUUGACAUGUGUUAUCCAGCGAUAAUUCAAAGCGGUGGAAAUUAUACUUUGAAAUUCAGCGUUGUCAGUGACAAGAACGUAUUACAUUUUGGAGUUAUUGUGUGUUCCCUCGGAGCUCGUUACAAAUCGUAUUGUUCCAACAUCGUCAGAACAUUGAUGGUGAACCCCACGAAAGUGAUUGAGGACAACUACAACUUUUUGUUGAACGUUGAAGAAGAGAUAUUGAAAAAAUUAACUGCUGGCACGAAAAUAAGUGCCGUUUACGAAGCUGGUGUGAAAUACGUAAAGACUGAAAAACCUUCGAUGAUCGAUCAUUUGACGAAGAACUUCGGUUUCGCUAUGGGCAUCGAAUUUCGGGAAAGCUCUUUGCUCGUCGGUCCAAAAACGCACGCAAUCCUGAAAAAAGGAAUGGUUUUCAAUAUCAACGUUGGCCUUGCUAAUCUUACGAAUCCUGAUGCGAGUGAUAGAGAGGGAAAAACUUACGCUCUUUUCAUUGGUGAUACCGUUAUGGUUAACGAGGGCCAACCAGCAACGAAUCUAACGCCGUCGAAGAAAAAGAUUAAGAACGUUGGUAUAUAUUUGAAAGACGAUGAAGAGGAAGAGGAGGAAGAAGGCAGUGGCAAGGAAAAUGAAGCGAAGCCCGAAAUCCUCGGUCGUGGAAAACGUUCGGCAGUUAUCGAAUCGAAAUUACGUACGGAGCAUAGUUCUGAAGAAAAGAGGAAACAACAUCAGAAAGAACUGGCUCAACAACUGAACGAAAUCGCAAAAGCGCGUUUGGCCCAACAAUCUGGUGGUAAAGAGGAAGAAAAAGUUCGAAAAUCUACGGUCUCCUACAAAAGCCUUGGUCACAUGCCCAAGGAAACUGAAGUCAAGGAAUUGAAACUCUACGUCGACAAAAAAUACGAGACGGUUAUUCUGCCAAUAUUUGGUAUUCCUGUGCCGUUUCACAUAUCGACGAUAAAGAACAUAUCGCAAUCGGUAGAGGGCGAUUACACUUAUCUUAGAAUCAAUUUCUUCCAUCCUGGUGCGACUAUGGGACGUGGCGAGGGCGGAGUUUAUCCCCAGCCCGAUGCAACAUUCGUCAAAGAAGUGACUUACCGCAGUACAAAUACCAAAGAACCAGGUGAAAUAUCGGCUCCAUCCUCGAACUUGAAUACAGCGUUCAGGCUCAUAAAAGAAGUUCAGAAAAAAUUCAAAAAUCGUGAGGCUGAAGAACGCGAAAAGGAAGAUCUCGUGAAACAGGAUACUCUUGUAUUAUCACAAAACAAGGGCAAUCCGAAAUUGAAGGAUCUUUACAUCAGACCGAAUAUCGUCACGAAAAGAAUGACCGGCGGUCUCGAGGCUCACACUAAUGGUUUUCGUUACACAUCCGUUCGUGGUGACAAAGUUGAUAUUUUGUACAAUAAUAUUAAGAACGCUUUCUUCCAACCCGGAGAUGGAGAAAUGAUUAUUCUUCUCCACUUCCAUCUUAAGCAUGCCAUUAUGUUUGGCAAGAAGAAGCACGUCGAUGUACAAUUUUACACGGAAGUGGGUGAGAUUACGACCGAUCUCGGCAAACAUCAACACAUGCAUGAUCGUGAUGAUUUAGCUGCGGAACAAUCGGAGCGCGAAUUGAGGCAUAAAUUGAAAACUGCCUUCAAGAGCUUUUGCGAAAAAGUUGAGGGUAUGACGAAACAAGAAAUUGAAUUCGACACGCCCUUCAGGGAACUCGGAUUCCCCGGUGCACCUUACAGAAGUACCGUUCUCCUGCAGCCAACUAGUGGCUGUCUUGUCAAUCUCACCGAAUGGCCUCCAUUCGUUAUUACUCUGGAAGACGUCGAGCUCGUUCACUUCGAGAGAGUACAAUUCCAUCUUAAGAAUUUCGAUAUGAUAUUCGUGUUCAAAGAUUAUCACAGGAAAGUUGCUAUGGUCAACGCUAUACCGAUGAACAUGCUGGAUCAUGUCAAGGAAUGGUUGAACUCUUGCGACAUCCGCUAUUCCGAAGGUGUACAGUCGUUGAAUUGGACCAAAAUUAUGAAAACCAUAACAGACGAUCCAGAAGGUUUCUUCGAUAGCGGUGGCUGGACUUUCCUCGACCCUGAGAGCGACGCCGAGAACGAGGAAGUCGAUGACGAGGAAGAAGAGGAAGACGAUGCGUACGAGCCGUCGGACAUGGAUAGUGAGGAAGAGUCGGAUGACGACUCGGAAUACUCUGAAGCUUCGGAGGAAUCCGACAGCGAGGAAGAACUUGGCAGUUCGGAAGAAUCGGGCAAAGAUUGGUCGGACCUCGAGCGGGAAGCUGCCGAGGAAGACAAAGAAAUAACGAAUUAUCGUGAAGAUUUCAAUGCUGGAAAGAAGAAGAAAUCGAGCGGACACGAAACACCAUCGCCUUCAAAGCACAGACACGGACACAAGAGCUCUUCGAGUUCAAAAAACAAGAGUUCGUCAAGCCACAAAGAUAGAAGAUCCUCGGACAAACACAGAUCGGACCGAUCGCGGAGCGGGGGAUCACACAAGAAAGUGUCUCCUUCCAAAUCGUCCAAACACAGUCCGAAGAAGUCCGACAAACACGACAAGCACAGAUCAUCCUCGCAUUCAUCUAGCAGUAAAAAACGUUCGCGCGACGACCACAGCUCCGAGCGCAACGACCGAGGUUCCAAGAGGUCAAAGAAAUAAACCCGACAGCUAGCAUUCGAUGAUAACGGAACGUGAAAAAGGCAGUGAGAUUCGAGACUGCCCUUAGAGAGAGGGGGUAAUAACGAAAAACGGAGCAUCAAUACUUACCGAAAUGAAGAGGAAGAAAAAACAAAAGACCCACUUCAAAGAGAGUAACCGCGUGUGUGCGAUCUUACUGCGAUGAAAAUUGUUCGUCAACGAGGACAGUAGUAAAAAAAAAGCAACUUGAACAAUUAUCCUUGUGGUUGUCGACGUUCGGAGAUUUUUUAUUUUUUUUUAAUACGUCAUAAUCGCGUUCUAGUUGAUAAACUUUAUGGAAAUAUUUCAUUCGGGCCAUACUCAAAAUUUUUCACGUCGCCCGGAGUAUUAUCUUAUUCGUUUGUAUUGCAGUCCGAUUGAAACGGUUUCAGACAUUCACUUAUUUCUCUCCUCGGAUGAACAGUUCCGAAAAGUGGCAUCUUUGAACAGGACCGUGGGGCGACGACAGUGCAUUUGCAAUGGAUCAUCGAUUGAACAACAAAAAAAGACAGAACGAACACACACACACAGAUAAAAUGAAACACAAGUAAUUGCUAAGUUAUUUAUCAUUGUACAAAUCUCUAUUAUCAACGUCCCGUGGUUUUUAUAUUACCCUUAAUGUACGGACAGUUCAUAAGCAACUAAAAUUGUUCUUUUCUUUCAUAA